UUUGCGUGACCGCAGCAGGUUGGUCCUGGAACAGAUGAGCGCAGAAUAUUUAGGCGAAAGCGAGAGGAGGGGGGGAGCGCGGGGCUGGAGGAGUACCUCGGCCAAGAAAAUUAUGCAUGCGUUAGGCAAGCUCUGAGAGAAUGGCUGUGGAAGCUCUCCACUGUGGUUUGAAUCCACGGGGUAUUGAUCACCCUGCCCAUGCUGAAGGAAUUAAACUGCAAAUUGAAGGUGAAGGUGUAGAAUCUCAAUCCAUUAAAAACAAAAAUUUCCAGAAGGUUUCUGACCAAAAAGGAACCCCCAAGAAACUGCAGGGAGAAGCUGAGACAUCAAAGUCAGCUACAGUGAAGCUGUCAAAACCAGUGGCCCUGUGGACCCAGCAGGAUGUCUGCAAGUGGUUGAAGAAACACUGUCCAAAUCAGUAUCAGAUCUACAGUGAGUCAUUCAAACAACACGACAUAACUGGGCGAGCCCUGCUGAGACUCACAGACAAGAAGCUGGAGCGCAUGGGGAUCGCCCAGGAGAACCAAAGGCAGCACAUCCUGCAGCAGGUGCUCCAACUGAAGGUGCGGGAAGAAGUCAGAAACCUGCAGUUACUCACACAAGCCGCAACAGAGGGUUCUCCAUAAACAUGCUAGCCUUGCAAGCUGCUGUCCUGCCAGUGGAUGUGAGCUUGGCCUGUUCCCCAGGGAAAGACUUACUCAUGGCACCACCAGAAGAGAUCCUUGGAGCACUGACAGAUUAACUGGAUUAAUUGAGAAAACGUCUAUUUUAUGGACGUUUGUCAAGAUUAUGGACUUUGGGAGAAAAAAAAAUCUUAGUUUGCUGUGGAUUUUCAAAUGAGGUGCAUAACAUGCAGUGCCAACUCGUUGCAAGCAGUCAUUGGCAGACCAUGAGCUGGAAACUCCCUUCCAGUUCGCAUCACUGUGCAUCACUCAAGUUCCCCUGGGGCUCCCUCUGUGCCCUCCACUAGAAGUCCUGUUUUAGCAUGGCAACCACGGGAUAAUUUCAUUAAGUGUGCAGACGGCAUGAUGUUUUAGAAAAAAAAGAGUUCUGCAAUCUCAGUGGAAGGGUUCAAAAGAUUAUGCCCUGGUGGGAAUGUAAACAUGUCUAGAUCAUGUUAGUUACAUCCAAUGCUGAAGCACUUUAUAUGAGAACACUACACUGAGAUAAAAUAGCACAUCUGGUACAUGUAGGAAAACAGAUGUUUUCUCUUUUCUUUAUAAUUCUUGUCUUACUUCUGGCUCAGACUGUCCAAGACAAACUGUACUCCUAGUAUACUCCUAGUUGUUUGUGGUGUAAAUAUGGCCACAAUACUGUUAGACUUUACCUGUUGACACUUAACUGGAUAGCUGGAUUACUCAUAGCACAAGGGGAGGUAAGAAUCAAGCCUGAUGGCUGGAAUAUUUGAAGUCUCAGUUCUUUGUACCCAGGCACAACUUAACACAUGGCGUAACGACACUCUGUACAGAAUACUUCUCUUUGGCUAAUGCAUACAUACUUUUGUCCCAUAGAGGAGAUCUUCCAAACACAAAAGAGCAGGGCCUUCUUUCCAUCAAAGACCACUGUGGAUUGAUGCCAAGGGCAGCAGGACACAAUCUUCCUCAGUGGUCCCACUUCCACACUUAGGAAAACUUCCAAAGGUCAAUUUAAGUCACAGUUCUAGAGAGAAGCAUCAAAUGACCCCCCACUCUGUGCCUAGAGAAGGAACACAUCUAGCCAACACUAGGUUUCUUCUUCAGCAUAGAAUUUACUCUUCCCUUCUAUGUAUAUAUGACUUCCUUUUUUUAAUGUGAAUUUCAACAAAGCAUACUCCUGGAAAACCCUUCAGUUCAGUGAUUGCUUACCAGGACACUAGGAAAGUGUUCAUUCAUAGGGAUUGCUCCUUUGUGAUACAUUAGCAUCUUUUCCCAGGAAAUAGAAACUUGGCUGAAUCCAAAACUCAGCAAAGUGUGUUAUGAGCACCCAUUAACCUAACCUGAGACCAACAGGAAUCAGAGAUUAAUAUUUAAAAUAGAUGUAACAACUUCUAGAACCCUUCCAGCAUAAGCAAGUAAGACAUUUUGCAUUAUCUCCAAACAUUUAUUGGCUGUCUUGACUUGGUGUCUCAGGAAGCAGAAAGACCUGAAUGAGAUACACAUAGGACAUCUGUCUACAGGAUGGCUCUUAUCAGGAUGUGUGCUAGAGAAGGGGCUACCAACAGGGAACUCCGAGAAAUGAUUGUUACCAUGAGAUUGGGAAUUUAUACAAAUCACCAUCAUUCACAGACCAUAAUUCUCUAAGAAGCUGGCAUUGAUAGUCCAAACCCAGGCUGCCGACAUUCCAUCUGUAUGACCCAUCCACUUUGCCUUAGUUCCAACAACAGGGUUUAUGGAUCCCACCAUUCCUUCUUUUGAGCCAAGUUCUUGAACCAAGAACUGUAUGUACUGAGUCAACUCUAGUAUGUAAAGAACACUCUACCUGCUUCUACUUAAUUAUUUCUUUCUCUCAAACACUCCCCUCCUUUCCCACAGUGUAAACUGAAUGGAGACACCCACAUCACCUUACCACAGAAACAUAGGAAAAUGUUCAUGGCAGACUGUAUGAGUCUUGCCUGAAUGAGUGGGCAGCUACACGGCACAUAUAGAGCCUUGCUAAACAGCCAACUAAGUUGAUCAGAGCUUCCUGAAGUAGCUGUUAGUUGCUUUCUUUGAUGCCCACUCCAGUCCCUAUACUUCCAAUGUUUCUACAGACACUAUUAUUUAUCACUAUGCUGGAUUCUCUGGGAUGCCAAUUCUGUAACUACUCUAAAGACCCUGAAUUGAUUCUAAUGAAUCCUAUAAACCCUGCCAGGUGCUGAGAUAUUGUAGCUGGGAAUUAACUGAUUGUAGUCAGUGAUAUUCUGAGACUCCAGCUAACACCCUUGGAAAACAUUGUAGUGCAGAGGUCCACUAAAUUAUCAUGGGCUAUCAUUAUUUUGGCUUUUGCAAAAUAAUCUGAGCAAUUAAAAAGAGUUGCCUCUUUUUUUUUGAGUCAGAGGAAUACUGUAACGUUAUUAAAAGAUAAUGGCUAAAGAUGGAAGUGGGAAAAGGCAAAAUGAAAGCCCUUAAAGAGCCCAGUUGAAAAUGGUAUCUCUAAAUAUGCCUUAUUGCCUGGCACAAUCUACAUAUUUGCAUAUGAGCCCAUAUUGUUUUUGAAACGGUCGACCUCUGUUUAAAAUGAUUAUAGGUUAGGAAACACAGUGGCACAAAAAUCUGUGCAUGCACUAGCAAAACCAGAAAAAUAGAGAAAUGAUUUUAUUCACAGUCUUCGGCUUCUUUGUUGUAUGGGGAUCCUUUGUGAAACUGCCUUAUGGUUACUUCUUGCUGUGCUAUGUGUGUUUAUGUGUGUGGGGCGGCGGAGGGGGGGUAAAGUCCUGACAUGUCUAUGGUGAGUUUUGUUUAGCAGGACAGAGAUACAGAAAGCUAAGAGGUAAAUUCUUUCAUAUGUAAAGACUGUAAAUGAUUGAGGCUUAAUUUUUCCUUUUUCUUAAACCUGUGCUACCCCUUUCACUAAAAGGCUGACACUCACACUUACACAGGAAAGGCACUCUUGGGAAUGAACUGAAAUAAGUAAUUAUCAAGCUCUCCAGGGUGCUGAGGGGAUUAGCUCAUUUCAGAUCCAGAACCCAAUUUAAAUUUGCAGAGCAAAUCAUGACAGUAGCUUGAGACUUGCCUGGGAGGAUAGCGGCCCUAUCAACCAUCUUUCUGGUAAGUGUCUUACCUUCAAAUCCCUGCACCAGUUGCUUGACAUGUGGACCCACCAAUCUGGUUUCUGCCUUCGCAGUGGGUAAACACGCCAAGUUCUCUCCAGAGCCCUUUUGCAGCUGCCCAAACAGAGGCACACCGUCCUCGGAACUCAGAAAAACGUGCCAUUUUUAACAUUCAAGGGGGAGAGGGAAGAUCAAGGGUGCCUGUGAAUAUAAACUAAGGUAAGACCUUCUAACAAAUCCACCCCGGAACACCCUGAAUGCUUUCUUUAUCUACAAAUGUCACAUAAUUGGUUUGGGAGAGCAACAGUAAAAGUCUCAAGGAAGUAAAGUUUUCAAGACACCCCUAACACUUUUUUUUUAUCAAAACCUCUUCUCCAUGCAUUAGCAGGUUCAUCCUUUGCUCUGUUUUCUUCCAUGUUCUUUAGAGCAAUUUUGCUACUUGACAACUAGACUUAAAGCUGCCAUAGACUUAAAAAUCUAAUCUUUGAAAGUGACAAAAAUGCCUUUAUUCUUUAAAGGUUGUUUUUAUUCAUCACCUCUCUCACCGCCCCCUCCACCGCACUUUUUUGCUUUAUUUUAUGUGUGUGUGCGUGUGAUUAUUUUUUCUUCUCUUUUCACAUAAUGCAUUAGGUAUAUUUCAAGCAGUCUAUAAAGAACUCAGACAGAAGCACAUAGUCCUCCCCAUUUCCUUGCACUGCCCUGACUAAUAAUUCAGUCUUAAUAUUUACCUUGAUGCAAUGCAAGCAGCACUGGGCCCCCAUUUUCAUCUCCAGAGAGUCACUGGUCCAUGGUGAUCAUUAAAACAAUGCCAGUGGGAUUAGAGAGGAAGACAAGCCAGGAGAUGGAUCUACUUGGGCACAGCUGAGGACUGUAUUUCAAAGACAGGCAAGCCUCCACCUCAAUCUCCUUAGAGCUGGGUCUAAUCCUAGAGCCACCGAAUGGUCCUGUGAACUCUACUUUAUCACUAGACAGAAAUCCUGGCAGCUUCAAGGUAAAAGAAGGCUGCUUCGGUUGUGUUCCCCUGGUGAUGUCUGUUAGCUGGAAUACAGAAUAGGCUUCUGGAAGCUGUCAGUGAGAGAAAGAAAGGACCAAGUGUGCUUCCUUUGUGAAGGUGGCUACAGGGUGAGUAUCAAUGCUGACACCUUCUGUCCAUCGCUUUAGUUUCAGAGGCAACAUCCUGGAUGAGGGAGUGGGAAGGAACAAGCACUAUUUCUAAACUCUAAAAUGUGUAGCAUGAAAUCUAGAUGACAAAAUGAAAAGGGGAAAGAACACCAGGCAUGAACCAGUGGUGGUCCUCUGCUUCACGUCAAAUGGCCACAAGAUGACUUCUACAAAACCCUGAAACUUGUCCAUGAAAGGUUUAAUAAAGCUAACCUUUCCUUGACCACAUAAUGCUACUCAUGAACCUUAAUAACCCAAGCAUCCUCCCAUCAGAACCCCCUUUAAAUACUUCAAGCAUUUAAAGGACACUAACAAUCUGAACUGACUACCAUCUAAAAGUUACUGGUGACAGGACUCAUUCUGAAUCACAGUUCAACCAACAUAAUGAUGCCAAAUGUUGCUGUUCUUUUGACAUUCCUUCUGAUCACGUAACAUUUUCAAAUUCUAGUCCUAAUGGCUUAGGGAUUUGGGUCAAUCAAUUGUGUUACUAUUCUCUAAACCUCAGAAAUUUCUAAUAGCCUUAGAAAGGAUCUUAGAAGUCAACCCUUCUGCCUAAACUGUGUAAAUCUAUUGAGCUAGGCAGUGGUGACACAUGCUUUAAUUCUAGCACUCAGGAGGCAGAGGCAGGUGGAUCUCUGGGUCCAGCUGGUCUACAGAACAAGUUCCAGGACAGCCAGGCCUACACAGAGAAACACCGUCUCGAAAUACCAAAAAGAGAAAGAAAGAAAGAAAGAAAGAAAGAAAGAAAGAA